CGGAAGUGGCCGUGUUGUGGCGGAAGUAGGUGCUUUGUGGGGGCCGCCGGCGCUGAAAGGAACGUGGCCGGCAAAGAUGAUUCAAGCGAUUCUGGUUUUCAACAACCACGGGAAGCCGCGGCUGGUCCGCUUCUACCAGCGUUUCCCAGAAGAAAUUCAACAGCAGAUUGUCCGAGAGACCUUCCAUCUAGUUCUCAAGCGAGAUGACAACAUCUGUAACUUCUUGGAAGGUGGAAGUUUGAUCGGUGGCUCCGACUACAAACUGAUCUAUCGGCACUAUGCUACACUGUACUUUGUGUUUUGUGUGGAUUCAUCCGAGAGUGAACUUGGAAUCUUGGACCUCAUCCAGGUUUUUGUGGAGACCCUGGAUAAGUGUUUUGAAAAUGUUUGUGAGUUGGAUUUGAUCUUCCAUAUGGAUAAGGUGCACUACAUCCUUCAGGAGGUGGUGAUGGGUGGGAUGGUGUUGGAAACCAACAUGAAUGAAAUCGUGGCUCAGAUCGAAGCUCAAAACAGGCUGGAGAAAUCCGAGGGUGGCCUGUCAGCAGCCCCCGCCCGGGCCGUGUCCGCUGUGAAAAACAUCAAUCUGCCGGAGAUUCCUCGGAACAUCAACAUUGGUGAUCUCAACAUCAAAGUCCCCAACCUGUCCCAGUUUGUCUGAGGGUCCACGGCUACUGAACUGGAGUCCUUGAAACCAGCCAAGCCAGUCCUGCCACAGAACGCACUCUGAGCCUCAGAAGGGCCGAGCCCGGGCCCUGACCCUUGCUGCCGUGGGGUCGGGGGGGAGCCCUGGGUUCACCGCUGGCACGUGCUCGGUUCUCACCUGUGCCGACUUGCCGGCCUCCGAUACGUGUGGCCACCGCAGACGUGAGGGGGCCCCUGGCCUCCGUGGGGUCAGCGUGCCCCAGCCACUUGUACCUUUACCUCCCGCAUGUAGCCGCUUCCAGGGACUGGCUGCUGUACUGGGGCCCUCCUGCUGCCUAGAACCCACCACCAGGACAUUGUCUGACGAGAGUCUUUCUCCUUAGUACCACGAGGCUUCCGCGGUCCUAUAGCGUUCACUUUUGCUGGUGAGACGCCAUAGCUAGUGAAGGGCCGACCCUUAGGGGAUGCGGUGAGUGGCAGAGAAGGGCAGAGUUUUAUGAGAACCCAGAGUUGCCUUCUGGCUGUACUGUGUAGGCAAGCUUGCUGGUGACCCCGCCUCCAGAACACGUCCCCCACCGCCACAGUCCUUGCACAGGGCGCCAUCCCAACCACGAACCUGGUGCAUGCUGAUAGGGAGAACACCCCCUUCCCCACGGCCAUGUCUCCGGCACAGCCCGAGGGUCCCUCAGCAAAGGGGAGAGGCCCGUGUCUGUGGAAGGUAAAGCUGACAACAUGGGAAACGUCUCAGAAUUAUGACUCUUUCCAGGUUUAAAAUACAUUCUUCUGAUGAGCAGACGGUCAGUUGCUGUGUUAGAAGUGAUGAGUUUUCUCCAUACAGGAAAGCCACUGCUGCCUGCACCAGCCUGUGGAGCAUGAGAGCUGGGAUCACUGGUUCUAGAACGGGCACUGGGAAGACUGGGGACACGGGAAGUGUGCUGACUGAGACCCGUGGCUCUGCGGUGUCUCGUCCCCACUGUGGGAGGAGCCCCUCCCUGUUCCCCCCAGGUGACAUCCUCCCACGGACAUCCUCCGAGUAGUGCCUCUUGCCGCGCUGCCCCAGGGUUAGGGAGCUCGCUGCGUCACCACGGCGACGUCUCCCAGCCAGGGGGCUUCCCGUGCCUGCCGGCGGGGGGCCCAGACCGCUCCAAUGUCCUGCUGCCGCUGCAGAGCCCGUCUGAGAUGGUGCCCGCCACCCCCCCCCCGGCCCCCAGGACCGCGGUGCUCCCGUGCUUGGUGCCCUCUGCUCCCCGCAGCCUCCUGUGCUCACUCGGGCAGACCCUCCCUGGUAGCCUCCGGGACGGGCGGGCGAUCAGAAGGAGGCCCUCUGUCCGAAGACAGAGAGGAAGGUCACGACGUCUGAUAGCAUUCUUUUGAAGGGUUUGGGUUUUCUGUAACAGACGCUUCAGCACGUCCGUGUCCCUCUCUCACAUUUACUAAGUGUGGAAUAAGAAGGGAGGAGCACGGAUGUGGGGCGGUGUGAGCAGGACCUUCCCACAGGCCUUACAGCCUUACAGCAGGCAUCAUCGUCCCCAUUCCGCAGGGACAGUAAGAGACAGGUCGAGUAACCUGCUUUGCGUCACACGGGGCUGAGAAUUGAGACUUGCCUGCCUAAGUCCAAAGUCCGUUUUCUUUCACUGCUCAAGACGGCUUCCAAUUUUAUCCUCUUUGUUCUGGAUAAGGAAACUGAGUCCCAGAGAGGUUAGUAGCUUCUCACAAACCCUGAUGAAACCAAACCUGGUUUGCUAAGGGGGCCAGUGACGACGUCCUCAGAGGGCGAAAGCUGGAGGCUUUCGGAGAGCUGAUGAGCAGCCCGGAGUAUUAAGUGUUGUGCUGCGGGUCAUGAAGCUAGAACCUGGUCAUUUCUCUGGAGUUUACGUAUUUGUGUUGUGGUUUAACGCAUCAGUGCAGGGCACCUGUCUGGCCCGGAUUUCCCAGGACAGCCUUCGAAUGUCUACCUGUCAGAAACCGAUGUUUUCUGGUUUCAGCUCUCCUCCCACAGACCACUGACUGGUCCCGGAGACUCCAACCAGUGAGCAUCCCAUCCUUACCCCUGAAACUGCCUCUAAAAAUGGUCUGAAACUUCAGCCUGUUUUUUAUUUGCAAAAGCCCAUCCCUUGGACAAGCCACGGUAAUCAUUCGUUAGCCACUCGAGGUUGUCUGCGAAUCCAGCUAGCUCUCUUGCCUGCUACGAGCAAAGCCAUAAACUUUUUUUUUUUUUAAUAAGAGGAAAUCGUAUGCUGUUUUUGAAGAAAGAUACAGAUACUGCAGCUGAGAGAUUCAGUUAGGAAAAUAGGGACUGGGCCUAAAUUUGAGAGUCCUUGGUCCUGGAUGAUUGAUGCUGAGGGUUUCCUGAAGUGGAACAGAAUACUGGGUUUCCAGGGCUCACGGCCCAUAAUUAAAACCAAAAAUUCUGUUGCGCAGUUUGUAAGCGCCUGGUACGUGCCAGGCUCAGUCCUAGGCACUGAAGAUGGAGAGAUCUGAGGCUCAGCUCCCGCCGUCGUCUCCGCCGAGGACCUCGGAGUGCCCGGGUUGAGCGACUGGAAGCCUGAAUGUGUAGUGACCGGAGUUGGUGGCUGUUCUGUGGAAUAAAGGACAAGAACCCAUUUGCCACCCCCGGCAGCCCCCAUCGUGCCCCGCUGGGCCAUGCUCCAAACAGCCCUUGUGCAAGCUGCUGUAACCAAAAGACUGGCUGGUGGUUUAACAUUUCUCACAGUUCUGCAGUCUGAUCAAGAUCGAGGUGCCAGCGGAUUUGGUGUCUCUGAGAACCUGCUUCCUGUUUCACAGGCUGCCAUCUUGCUCUGUCCUCACGUGGCGGAGAGAGAAGGCUCUUUGCUCUUCGUCCCCUUAUAAGGGUGCCAGCCCCAUCACGGGGGCUCCACCCCACGACCCCAUCCAAAUCUAAUCACCUCCCAAAGGCGCCCCCCCCCCCCCGCCCCAGAUACCAUCCCACUGGGGAUUAGAUUUCAAUGUAGGAAUCUGAAGGACGCAGACAUUCAUCCACAGGUCACCUUAUUAUCUGCCUCUCCUCUUGGCCUACACGGCCGUGCGCUUGUCACAUGAGGAUUAAUUCGGGAUCUCUUGAGGCUUCUCAAGCCCCUGUUAUUCAGGCCUCCGCCCCUUACAAAGCCGGCCCUUCCUCGCCGCCACCUCCACGGAGCCACACUAGCGAAGCGCUCUCUGGCCCCAGCUCCGCCAAAAACCACGGAGCGCGCCGGCUAAAUCCUGUCUGGUGGACCGGUCUUUAGUAGGGCGUUUCCUUCGUGUAGCCGUCCGUCCGUGGCUUUCCAAGUAGGAUGCAUCAGUGGCGCCUGAUGAUAAAAAUCGGGGUGAACGUGACAGCCAAGAUGGAGAGCCACUUACGAAUGAGAGACCGGGGCGUUGUCGGCUCCCAGCGAACACCCUGCUCUUCAGCCUUCCCUGUCCUCUACCUGGUCUCCCGGGGGCACCUGUCUCGCUGCGCUGUGGACCCUGCUCACGUGGCUUUGCCCUCUCGGGAGUGCGGCAGGGCUCCCGUCUGCUCUGCCCUGGCAGCGGCUGCCACAGAUGCAGACAGGCCCUCUCUAGGGAAAUAGUUCCGCGAGAAUAAUGAAUCUUUUCCAAAAGACUGGGUACGUUCUUUCCUAUUCGAUGAGUUAAUGUUUUAAAAAGGAAGUACAUUCAUGGAGUUCAACAUUGAAGAUAACAGAAGCCUGUUCACCAAGUUACCCCCCGACCCCGUGGCAACAAGUGUUUCCAGUUGAAAGGAUUAAGAAAUAAAGUCCCUGGAUUUUUACUACCAAACUGACGGUGUGCUCUUCCUCAGAGAGUUAUGUUCCUUUUGACCUCGGUGACUGGCCUCGGCCCUCUGCAGCCAUGCCACCCUCUGGACGGAGGAGGGCCUCCCAGACCACCCCGCGUCAAGGAGCCCCCCUACUUGGGCAUACCUAUCCCAGCUCUGCUUUUCCUGUCUUCAGGGCACUCGACCUGAUGUACGUUUGGAUCGAAGUUACUAUCUGUCCCCGCUAGGAUGAGUGUCCCCACGGACGGGCGUUGUCUCGCUCUACGCGGUGGGGACAGCGCCUGGUGCGUGCUCUCAAUAAAGAAGUGUUGAAUGA